AUGGUUAGAAGAAGAACCGCGUCGCCAAAAGCUAGUGCUCCAGUUCGCUCCAGAUCUCCUCAAUCGUCGUACGCUGCCCCACCAAGUCGUCCCGCGGCCGCGGCACCACCAGCACCAACUCCAGCAGCUGGUCCAGGAUUCCAUGCUCCUCCACCAGGCGCGGCACCAUCUCAAGGACCCGGUUUGAUGGGACAAAUGGCGGCAACGGCCGGCGGUGUUGCUAUUGGAUCGGCAGUGGUAAGUGUUUUCUGAGUGUUCGAUGAUUUCUUCUCGGUUUAGGGGCACGCCGUUGGAAACAUGUUCACUGGUGGCUCGAAUCACGAAGCUGCGCCAGCACCCGCUCAGGCUGCUGCUCCACCGGCUGCCUACAACAAUCAACCAUUGCAGAAUGCUUGUGAGAUUGAGUGGCGCCAGUUUUUGGAAUGGUUAGUUGCUUUAUGGGUUUGGGGUUAAUUUUCUACAGUUUAUUAUCGUUUUUUUAUAUCAAGUUGAAUUGAACUUUGAUUUUGCGUUGUAAAAUUGCCAGUUUAUUUAAUUCAUAUUUACUUUCUUUGUUUUCAGCAGUCAAAACCAGAGCGACUUGAGCUUGUGUUCGAGUUAUAAUGAUCUUUUCAAGCAGUGCAAAGCCCGCUAUGGAGCUUAA